AUGAAAUUUAUUGCCGCGUUGUGUUUGGCGCUAAGCCUGUGCGUGGUGGUUUGUCAUGCUGCGCCCGUCGAACGUGAAACGCUCUUGAGCAUUGAAGAUGCACAGCCUGUGGUGAUUGCUGUUGAGGGGCAAGCCCAACCACUGAUUCGCGUAGCACGUCAUGGUCAUCGUGGUUUUGGUGGUUAUGGUGGCUAUGGCGGUUAUGGCGGUGGUCCCGGAUAUGGUGGCUUUGGAGGUGGUCCUGGAUAUGGUGGCUUUGGUGGAGGCCCUGGAUAUGGUGGUUUUGGCGGUGGACCCGGUUAUGGUGGUUACGGUGGAGGUCCUGGAUACGGCGGCUUUGGAGGAGGUCCAGGAUAUGGUGGUUAUGGCGGAAGUUAUAGUAGUUCUAGUGCAUCUGCAAGCGCAAGCUCCGGUGGCUACUUUGGAUAA